AUGUUGCUCAGAUCAGCACCUCGCAGACUCAGGCCUCAGGCUUGGCGUCUUGCGACACUGCAUCGAUGGCAGAGCACCGUUCCGACUCCUCCAACAGAGCACCGCAUCCCUCCCACUCCUCCCUCCCGCCUCGCCACCAAGCACGCCAAGAUCAAGCCCUUCUCCGACUUUCUCACCGAUACUUUCAGCCGCCAGCAUGAUUACCUCAGGAUCAGUGUUACGGAACGGUGCAAUUUGCGCUGUCUGUACUGUAUGCCCGAAGAAGGAAUCGAGCUCUCCCCUUCCGAAAGACUCUUGACAUCCCCCGAGAUCGUCUACCUCUCAUCCCUCUUCGUGUCUCAAGGCGUGACGAAGAUUCGCCUCACCGGUGGCGAACCGACUGUCCGGAAGGAUAUUGUGCAGCUCAUGCAAGACAUUGGCGAUCUGCGACGGCACGGGCUCCGCGAAUUAUGCCUCACGACAAACGGGAUCUCAUUACACCGGAAGCUGGACCGCAUGGUAGAAGCAGGCCUGACAGGCGUCAACCUGAGCCUCGACACCCUUGACCCGUUCCAGUUCCAGAUCAUGACCCGGCGAAAGGGGUUCGAUGCCGUAAUGAAGAGCAUCGACCGGAUCCUGGAGAUGAAUAAGCUUGGUGCGGGCAUCAAGCUGAAGAUCAAUUGUGUUGUGAUGCGCGGGCUCAAUGACCGUGAAAUCCUGCCUUUUGUCGAGCUUGGGCGGGAGAAGGCUGUUGAGGUUCGGUUUAUCGAGUAUAUGCCCUUCGACGGCAAUAAGUGGAGUCAAGGGAAGAUGUUCUCGUAUCAGGAGAUGCUUGCUGUUAUCCGGGAGAAGUAUCCCGCCCUGGAAAAAGUGGUCGACCAUAAGAACGACACGAGCAAGACUUACCGAGUCCCUGGGUUCCAGGGCCGGGUCGGGUUCAUUACCAGCAUGACGCACAAUUUCUGUGGCACUUGUAACCGACUGCGCAUUACGAGUGAUGGAAAUCUCAAGGUGUGUCUUUUUGGCAAUGCCGAGGUUUCUCUGCGAGAUAUUGUGCGCAAGGAGAACCAGGGACAGCCAAUUGACGAGGAUACGUUACAUCGUCUUGGUUUGCUGGACUCAGUACAAAGCGCCGCUCGCCUCAGCGAUGAAGGUCAUUCAAUCCCCGAACGCGAGCGCGAGCUAUUGGAUAUCAUUGGCAUGGCUGUAAAGCGCAAGAAAGCGAAGCAUGCAGGCAUGGGUCAGCUGGAGAAUAUGAAAAACCGGCCUAUGAUUCUCAUCGCCAGCGAUUUCAUUUUGAGCGUUCAGUUGUGCAAAUGUGGCUCUUAUAAUGCUACAUUUAGAAGAAGAUCCACCCGCCCAUCUGCAUCGAAUAUUCCAGUCCAAUUCCUCGCCCCCUUUCCCAAUUCAACCCAAAUCCGCUUCAAGCACAAUGGACGCUCUCCUCCCAUUUCCCACGAGAGCCCAAACCAGAGCACCUCAGCAUCGCUCCCCACAACCUCUGACCCCGACCUCCCACACCUAACCCCCUCUCAAACCGUACACAUGACCCAGAUCACCGAGAAACCAGAGACCAAGCGCAUCGCCACCGCAGCCUGCCACGUCUCCUUCUCCAAUAGCCGCCCGUGGACCCUCCUCCAAAAAGGCCAAGGGACCCACAAAGGCGACGUAUUCAGCGUCGCCCGCAUUGCCGGCAUAAUGGCCGCAAAGCGCACGCCGGACCUCGUCCCGCUGUGCCAUCCCGGGAUCGGAAUCACCGGCGUCGAAGUGGAAGUCACGCUCGUGGCGCCGGGUGAGUCUGCGGAUGACCACGGGGCGAUGCGGGUCGUUGCGUCGGUUAGUUGCUUCGGGCGGACGGGGGUGGAGAUGGAGGCUAUGACCGCGACGAUGGGGGCGGCAUUGACGGUCUAUGAUAUGCUCAAGGCGGUCGAUAAGGGGAUGGUUAUUGAAGGCGUGCGGUUGUUGGAGAAGGUGGGUGGGAAGAGCGGGCAUUGGAAACGUGAGGAGUAG